AUAGAGUGGGUCUCUCGGCUGUUAUCGUGCUCGACAUUACGCCAGUUUACGUUACGUUAACCGCAUCCUGAAACGUGCUCAGAGUGAGCCCUCCUCCUUUCGCUUAACCUCUAUCUGAAAAACGACCAAAACAACACCAUCGCACCGAGGAAGUGGACGGUUACCGGAGGUUUAACGGAGGUUCACCGGACUGUCCCAACCGCAGACUGUCACCGUGUGCUCGGACGUCAAGGCGAUGGUGGAGCAGAACACGGAGGUGAAGCUGAAGCAGAUGUUGAAGGAGGAGAGGAUCCAGCUGUGGAAUCCUCCGUUCAGCGAGGGCAGCGAGUCGAGUCGUCAUCACAUGCAGGAGCUCGCGGAGCGCUUCGCCCCUCUGCUGCGUCUGCCGGUGCCGGAGGUCAGCGGAGCUCUGGAGGCCGUCAGGCAGCAGGCGCUGAGCAGGGGCAAAGGAAACGAGACCUUCAGGGACACUAAGGUGGCCACACUGGAGCUGCUGCUGCCCAGAGACUGCAGGAAGGAUGCAAAGACAAAGAGCCACCUGGAGACGAGGCUGGACGUGUUGGUCCAGGAGGUGGUGGACAGGAUCGGAGAAGAGUUCGGCCUGAAAUGCAUCAAACUGAUCCUCAACGGGAAAACUCUGUCUGUUGACCAGCCUCUGGACCAGCAGGGGGUGAAGAACCACAGCAAGAUGAUGGUGCUGAAGGUCAGCGACGCAGAGUGGAAACUCCAGCUGAGUGAGGAAGAGGAGAAGAAGAAGAACCAGAAUGAGAGUCUCCAGAGGACCCAGAAGGGAUUCCAGAUCCUGUCAGAGAGAGACGGCAGUGAAGACUCCUCCCCUUUCCUGGAGAUAGCUGACCAGAGAGGAAACCCUCUGAAGAUCCCCCCCGAGGAGAAGAAGGCUCUGAUCCUGGCGAUGGGUUUCCAUGAGAAAGGUCGUUCUCUGAUGAAGAAGAAGCAGUUUGAUAACGCUCUGUGUCACCUGCUGCAGGCCGACCAGCAGUUCAGCCGGUGUGGCUCCGCCCUGCUGGCGUCGGUGGAUAACUUUGCGGUGCUGCAGCUGGACGUGGUUUGGUGCUACCAGGCGCUGGAGGCUCUUUCCUGCCUGGAUGACGGCCGCAGCCGUCUGCAGAGAGCCGAGGACUGCUUCCUGCGCUGCUACGGCGAGCGGCAGCAGAGGCUGCUCAUGAUCAAGGGUAACACAGGCAGAGAGGAGGUGUUGUUCCUGCGGCUGCACCUCCUCCAGAGUCUCCUCUCCUACAUCGAAGGGAACGACGUUCAGGCUCGACACCAGCUGUCCAAAGUGGAGACUCUGUACAGUCGUCUCUGUCUGGACUCAGAGAAGAUGGCUCAGCUGAUGUCUCUGGGGUUCACUGAGAGAGAAGCUCGACUGGGCCUCCGAGCCUGUGAGGGAGACCUGCAGGAGGCUGCUGUCCACAUCAGCAACCAGAGACAGGAGCGAGAGGAGCUGAAGCAGAGGGAAAGGAAGAGGAGGAGCAGGAGGUCGGAGGUCAUCUCCACCCUCACAGAGCUUGGUUACUCCAGGAGAGACGCCGCCAGAGCUCUGCACCACGCUGACGGAGACGUGGACAAGGCUUAUGCAAUCCUGCUGGACUCUAGCGGAUCUGAAGAGGCCACCAGUAACAACACAGAGGGGUCGAUGGAGCAGCUCUUGUAUCUGGGUUUCCAGAGGGACGUCUCCGAGGCGGCUCUCAGGCUGACGGGUGGAGACGUCCAGUCGGCGACUCAGCUGCUGCUGGACAACCAGGGCGUCCUCUCCUCGGAGCUGCUGGCCGAGUCCCCGUCCUCCGAGGAGCCUAGCACCUCCUCCAACCAGUCCACAGAGGAGGACAGUGAGCUGGUGAACGAGGUGUUGGAGGACAUCUCUCGUCAUGAGGAGGAUUAUCUGGACCUGACGCUGGAGGAGGAGAGCGAGCUCAUCGCCACCAUGAAGACCUACCUGAGCCGAGGACACACACACACUGUGUGACACACACACACACACACACACUGUGUGACACAGACACACACACACACACACACUGUGUGACACACACACACACCGUGUGACACACACACACACUGUGUGACACACAGACACACACACGCACACACACACACCGUGUGACACACAGACACACACACACACUGUGUCACAUACACACACACACACACACUGUGUGUGACACACACAAUGUGUGACACACACACACACACACUGUGUGACACACACACACACACACUGUGUGACACACACACACACAAUGUGUGACACACACACACGCACACACACACACACACACACACACACAAAGCAAUACUUGUUUUCUGUUCCUCUGACUUCACAAUAAUGAGAUUCUUCAUCAAACCCAGUUUUAUUUUAUUUGUCAGUAAUAAUUGGAGAUAAAAUGAUCAAUUUGAUGAAAUGUUGAUUUAAUUGAAACUGUUUUUAUUGACGUUUAUUGUUCUGUUUCCAGGACUCGUCUGUUUAUUCUAAUUUUCCUUCUGAUUGUUUUUUUAUGAACCAAAAACCCUUUUUAAAAGCUGCUCGAAGUAAUUUUAGUUUUUAAUUUUCAGCGUUUUAUGUUUGUGACGUUGCAGCAGUUUGUUUAACAUUUAAAUAUUUACAUUUAAAUACAUUUAAUUUAAAAACAUUUAAUUUGUUCCAUGUUUGAAGACAAUAAAGAAAUGAAGGUUGAA